AUGACACUGCCAAAACCGGCACCUUCGCCGGCAGCCCCGAUCGUCCGCGCAUUUUCCUCGACCGCACCGCAGAGCGCGACGCUCAACCAAGUCUUGCGGGGCUGCCGCAAACCGCAACGAGCGCGCCACGCCGUCUCGCCGGCCCUGUCGGCGAUCAAGUCGCCCGCGCUCAAGGGCGUGUGCAUCAAGGUGGGCAUCACGAAGCCCAAGAAGCCCAACUCGGGCGAGCGCAAGACGGCCCGCGUGCGGCUGUCGACGGGCAAGGUCAUCACGGCGUACAUCCCCGGCGAGGGCCACAACAUCCAGCAGCACAGCGUGGUGCUGGUGCGCGGCGGGCGGAGUCAGGACUGUCCCGGUGUGCGGUACCAUCUGGUCAGAGGGGCGCUUGACUUGGGCGGUGUCGCCAGCAGAAUGAGCAGCAGGAGUAAAUACGGAACCAAGAAGCCGAAGAAGGCGUCGGUUGGCUAA